AGGGAGUCAGUCAGAGAAAAAAGCGACCUCAACCCUACCCCGGUACAGGCAGCAGCUCUGGCAACCGCCGUCUCUUUGUUCUGUUCGGGCUCUGACAACCACAAAGUGAUAUUUAGACAUUGUAUUCCUCAAUGCCAUCGCGAAAAUAUACAGAAAUGGACUCAAACGAGGCUGAGUAUAUGGAUCCUUGCGGGUCCUAUGCAAAGAGAAGGAGGCAUGACAGUGAACAGUCUGUCCCUAGUGGAACCUGUGGCCUGGAGUACACCGACCUGGAGGCAGCUGAAGCGCUGAUGUGCAUGAGCUCUUGGGGCCGGGGCCGCUUCCUCGGCAGCCGGCCGAGCCCCUGCAAGCCCAGGCCCCUCACCCCGGCUUCGGACUCCUGUGACUCCCUCAUGCCGUCAGAACUUCCAGAGCCCCCGAAGGACUUUGUGUCCCUCUCCUCCCUGUGUAUGACUCCCCCUCAUAGCCCCAGCUUCGUUGAGGCAUCCGGCACAGCGCUCCAGUCAAGCUCUGGCCUGGCUGUGUCCGGGCUCCAUCAACCUGUCCUGGCACCCAUUGCUGAAAAGACGGCCUCCAUCCCUCCUCUGCCACAGCCCUGCAGAGCCAUGGCGACCAGCGUCAUCCGCCACACCGCAGACGGCACCCACUGCCAACACCGCAUUCCAGUGGCCCCCAAUCCAAAGAAAACCGGAGAAACAGUAACGGCUGCAACGGUCUGCCUGCAGCAGCAGCAGCAGCAGCAGCAGCGUAUUACAAAGACUGAGAUAACCACACCUCCAUCUACUCCUCUCACAUCCGCAUUGUUCGCCCCAAGAACAGAGCAGCACGCCAGUCCCUCAAACCUCUAUUUGAACAGUGUCUCCACCCCCACUUCUGUCAAUAUGCGACCACAAAGCAGCCCUCCGACUGCCUCUGCUCUCGCAACCCUGUCCCCGCCUUCAGUCCCCAGCCCUCAAAUCAUCUGCCAGAUGUUCCCCGUCAGCAGCCAAUCGGGUAUAAUCUCCGCCUUCAUCCCCGGUGCGGUUCAGACUUCCAAUACUGGGAUUCGGACCGCCGCCACACCCAUCCUCCCCCAGCCCGCCUUGGCUAACGCCGUCCCCGUCCAGCAGUCCCUCAUCAUGGGCUCAGCAAUGCCCCAGGGCACGGUGAUGCUGGUUCUCCCUCAAUCCUCUAUCUCUCAGGCCCCUCACUGCCCUCAGACGGUCAUGACUCUGGGCAACACCAAGCUGCUACCUCUGGCCCCGGCCCCUGUGUAUGUGCCAGCGGGGCCCAGCUGCGGUAUAACGGCAACAAAGAUGGACUUUUCCCGCAGGAGAAACUAUGUCUGCACCUUCCCGGGCUGCAGGAAGACGUAUUUUAAGAGCUCACACCUCAAGGCUCACUUGAGAACACACACAGGUGAGAAGCCUUUCAGCUGCAGCUGGGACGGCUGUGAAAAGAGGUUCGCCCGCUCCGACGAGCUCUCCCGUCACCGGCGGACGCAUACGGGUGAGAAAAAAUUUGUGUGUCCCGUGUGCGACCGGCGAUUCAUGCGCAGUGAUCACCUCACCAAACACGCCCGUCGCCACAUGACCACGAAGAAGAUGCCCUCCUGGCAGGCCGAUGUCCGGAACCUGAACAAAAUGGCCGCUGGCAAAGCACCUCCCUCAAAACCCUGCCUGGCCACACUAAGCAUGCUGGUACCUGCCGGCUCAAAGUAGACAAUGAACACUGCCCUUUUACCCAAGAUACCACAGGGACACAGGGAUCAGCCAAGCACACGCGGCUGCUGCUAUGUUACUCAUGGGAAUGACAGAAAAACAUGCACUGGACUCUUUUAUUCCUCUCUACUGCUCAUUUGUACAUGUAUUUUUCUUUAAAGGAUUCUUUUGUUUACUUUGAUAUAUUUGAUAAUAUCAAUGCACUCUUGCCAAAGCCUUUGUAUGAAGUUUGUCUUGUACAUUUCACCCUCCACCCCUCCUCCAACACUUUCUCUUUGUUUGUGUUGAUACUGAUAUAUAUAUAUAAUAUAUAUGUCUAGGAGUGUAUUGUUUGUUGUACUAUGAAAUGCAUUUAUUUGUCAUUUUUGGAAAACAUGCAAAGAUGAUAUGAAUAUUAACCAUCAGUACUAUGAUUAUACCUUGAUUAUAUCUCCCUGUCUAACUUUUCAUAUUAUUUAAUAUGUAUUUGUAAUAAAAAAAAGAUUAAGUGAGUCAUUUCUUUGUGCUUUUUUUUACUUUUCUGAUGUCGUAUCCGGAAAAACCAAGUGUGGGAUCUCGGUAUAGUCAGCCCACAUCCUGUGUGCGUCACACUGUGACUCCCCCUUCUACCGCCCUCUUUUGGUCUACUGGCUGACUGAAAUUCAGUGUUAUAAAAGCUCUUUGGUGAGACCAUUUAAGGACAUUGUGUCCCAUUCAUUAGCGCAGAGCCAGAUUGUUGAUGAGUCAGCAGACAACACACGUUUGUUUGCCUUGUUUUAGAGUUCAUUAACUGAUCACUUGACCCCAUCCAGCACUGUCACAUGAGGACAAGGAGGUGGUGGGGCUGUGGGACUCUUGCAUAAUAAACCACGUUUUAUUCAGUGAAAAGUCUCUUACCAGUGUGGUAUCGUUUGGCAAGCAUCUCUUGUUUGUGUGCUUAGUGGUUACAAGUCCAAGUUCUUAGUAAUGGCAU